AAAAGCAGUUUUCUACUGAAAGUCCCACCUCCGUGCUUCCGCCCUCCUCGCGCGUCUUGUAAACUGAUCUGACGCAGCUCGGAGGAGUCCGCGCGCCGCUCCAGCUGUUCCCCCAGCUGUUCCCCCUGCUGCGCCCCCUCCGCCGCCGCCCCCCUCCGCUGCUUCCCCGCCGCCCGCCGCCACCGCCGCCGCCGCCGCCGCCUGCCCUCGUUUCCAAUGCGGCAGCGACCAUGACAGGCAUCGCCGCCGCUUCCUUCUUCUCCAACGCCUGCAGGUUCGGAGGCUGCGGGCUUCACUUCGACUCCCUGUCCGAGCUCAUCGUGCACAUCGAGGAUAACCACAUCGAUACGGACCCCUGUCUUCUGGAGAAGCAGGAGCAGCAGCAGCCGACAUAUGUUGCCCUCAGCUACAUCAACAGGUUCAUGACGGACGCGGCGCGGCGCGAGCACGAGACGCUGAAGAAGAAGGCGCAGCCCAAGCUGACGCUGCCCCUGACGGGCGGCCUGUCGCGCAGCAGCGUCGCCACGCCGCCCCGCCACGCCAGCGGGAACCUCACCCCGCCCGUCACCCCGCCGAUCACGCCGUCCUCCUCCUUCCGCAGCAGCACGCCCACAGGUAGCGAGUGUGACGAGGAGGAGGUGGACUUCGAGGAGUCCGACAGCGACGAGUCGUGGACCACCGAGAGCGCCAUCAGCUCGGAGUCCAUCCUCAGCUCCAUGUGCAUGAACGGAGGAGACGAGAAACCCUUCGCCUGCCCCGUCCCGGGCUGUAAGAAGAGAUAUAAGAAUGUGAACGGAAUCAAGUACCACGCCAAGAACGGCCACCGGACCCAGAUCAGGGUCCGCAAGCCCUUCAAGUGCCGGUGUGGGAAGAGCUACAAAACGUCUCAGGGCCUCCGCCACCACACCAUCAACUUCCACCCCCCCAUCUCCGCCGACAUCAUCCGCAAGAUGCAGCAGUAGAGCCGGAGCGAGCGAGUUUCCCGCUCCUCCCUCCUCCUUUAACCUCCCUCUGCGCACUUUUCCUUCACCUCCUCCUCCACUUCACAGUACGACACGGUUUCCCCCUGCAUGGUGUCACGGCGUGUUGUUAUUACUCCACCUUAGUUUCAUUUCGGAGUGUUGAAGCUUUAUAUUGUUCACAGUUUUGUAUUUUGCACAUCGAAGCUUUCGUUUAUCAAUCUUUUUUUUUUUUUUUUUUUUCCUCUCAUUUGGUGCUCACACUGCUGUUCAGAGCAGCCGUUCCCACCUGGAGGUUCAGGGUGACUGUUGAACAACGAAGCUCGUUCUAAAAGUUAAGUUUGCACGUCAGAGAAAGGAGAAAUAGACUUUCCAGGGUCUCAAGGAGACCCGGGGAAACUUCCAGUUACUUUCCGUUAACGUUAGUGAAGGCGGCAGCGUUCGGUAUUUGGCUUCACUCAAACGCUCUUCUGGAGGCGGAGCUUUAAGGACAGCCAUGUUGGGAACCGCUGCUUUGGGGCGCGUUGCAGUCACUCCAUAAAGGCCAAGUCACAAGCAGCCUUGUAUGUUCAUGAGGGCUCUCUGUUGUAAAGGGAAACUUAGGAGCGGUGAUGUUUUUUUUAUUUGAUUUUUUUUUUUUUAAAUGAAGGCACCAAGAGCUUGCCUCUGUCAGAUGUUGCCCAGAGGAAGCCCAGACUGUGACAGAGGCAAAUAAAAAAAAAAUACAUGAAUGUGUGUUCAGGCAUGAGUCAUCAUGAAAAACAUUUGUAUAUUUUUCAUUCUCCAUCAGACAUGAAUUAUCUGUAGUUGGACCGGCUGAUAUUACUUUACCUUUCAUAUCACAAGAAUUCAAAACUUCUCUUGAUUAGGUAAACUGCAAGUGUGUGUGUGUGUGUGUGUGAGCAUGAAUUGAAAAUCUCAGGUGAUUUCUGAAAGCAUUUCAGCACCACAGUCCUGCCCAAGUCUUCUGAUAGUAUUGAUGCUGGGGUCAGGGAAUCUGUGCGUCAUCGGAGUCCCUCACGUCUGAAGCGGGCUCUUCUCGCCGUUUUAACAAAGAACUGAUGCACUUUUUGUAAAAGUUGCCAAACCAAUCAGCAUUUUUGCCAAUAUCCUGCUCCGGGUGUAAUUACAGUGUGUGUGUGUGUGUGUGUGUGUGUGUGUACAGGCACGCGAUCAUCAACGGUCCUGAGACAUUUUCAGUAUUGUGAGAUUUCUGUACCGACAGUCGUUGCCUUGAAUUGUAAAACCAUUCCAAAAUGCAGUGAAUCUUCCAGCUGCUCGGCGGCUCCAUCGAACUGUUUGAUUGUCGUUGUCGUAGAUGAGAGGAGCCGCUCAUUCAGCACAGCGACGAUCUCACCGUUCUGCUGUGAGGACAAACCCAAGGAGCCUCCUCUUCCUUUGUGCCAUAAUGUAACGCAAGUCAUCUGUGAAGACCCGACUAUAAUGAAGAUUUUAAAAGAUGCCACAAAAUUUUAAAGCUAUCAUCACCGAGAGUAAUCACAGCAUGGAUGUUGAUCUCCUGAGAGAACUGUAUCGGUAUCGUACUGCCAGUGCAGACAAACCUAUUUGAUAUUGUGUACAGUGAAUGUAUUGUCGUGUGUUUAAGAGCUUUAUAUUUUCAUAUGUUUCUGAGGUUACAAAAGACGUUGAGUAUGAAAAUGUGUGUUUUAAAAGGUGAAACCACAGGUGGUGAUAAACUGUAUUCCGUGGGGAAAAAAAAGCUGCUUCAUGUCAACUUUGGUUACAUUCAG